CCUACCAAGCAACAAAGAGAGGGGAAGAUAAGAAGGAAAGAACGCGGCAGAGAGAGAGAGAGAGAGUCGGAGUAGUAAUUGAAAAAUAAACAAUGGGGACGGAAUUGCCGCAGUACGUGGCUCUCCGGUCAAAGACCGAUGGGAAGUAUCUACACUACAUGUGGAACGAGGAGGAAUUCGGCGAGUUCUACAAGUUUUCCGGCACGAAAAAGGACGUGGAUCCGGUCAGCCCGUUCGCCAAGGUGGAGAUCGUCCCUUCCCCGGGAACUUACGGCGCCUACAUCUACCUCCGCUCCGCCUACAACAACAAAUACCUGAUCCCGGUCAAACUGCACGGCAUCAACUUCCUGUCCUUCUCCGCCGACUCCCCCAACGACGACAUGUCCCUGGUCGGCGUCUCCACCCGCUUCGAACCCUUCACGCCUUCCGACAUGCCCAACACCAUCUGGUUCCGUUACGCCGCCAACCAAACCCCUAUCUACAUCACCACCAACGAAGACGACCCGGCCCUGGACCAGCUGGCAUGCCUCUACUCUCAGGACCGAGCCUACAGGACGUACUUCGAGUACGCGGCUUGGGAGUCGUACGAGGACAAGAUGAAGGCAAAUGAGCAGGAGAUCCUGUCGCUUGGCAAGGACAACGAGAAGCUGAAGGAGCAGGUUGCGUCGGGUGACGAGGAGGUCGAGGAGCUGAAGGGUCAGGUGGCUGCCAAAGAUGGGGAGAUCCAGUCACGCGAUAAGGAGAUUCAGGAGCUGACAGACCAGGUGGCUGCCGAUGAGGGCGAUAAGGUUAAGCUGAAAGGACAGGUGGCGGCUUGGGAGACGUACGAGGAGGAGAGGAAGGCCAAACUGGCGGAGGAGAUGGAGAAGCUGCAGUCUGCCUGGGAGUCGUUCCAGUCAGAAGUCACGGCCGGGGCUGAUCCGCCUAAAGAUUGAUGGCGAUCUCCCUGGAAAUACGUGUAUCCAGUAAUAAAAACUCCAAGCUAUGGCUAUACGACAUCAGCACAAUAUGAUGCAAUUUUCUUAAUCAAUAAAUUGACUGUCUAUAGGACGAUCAUUUGGGGUUAGCUUUUCCCAUUCAUUCAGGGGAAAAAAUACAUGUAUUUAAAUUUUGUGUUGUAUCCAGUAACAUAUUAAUUAAGUACGCUCUCUCUCGAACGAAAUUUAACCUACGGAUUGAAGUUCACACAUUAUUCAAACACAUGAUCAUUUGGCAAACUGGUUGUGAUUGUCAUAAACCAGUUGGUCACAAUAACUCGAGUUGUUGGGAGAAGAUUAUGAUAGAUCUCAUACCACACUCUUACAAGCCCCCUCAAACGAAAGCCAACUCAUGGGCUUGAAGUUUGCACAGGCCCACCAUACCUUGUGCUUUUAAUCAACUGUUAAUAGUGGA